AUGCGGCAUGCGUUCAUCCUGGUCCUUGCUCUCUGCAAUGGUACGCCGCUGUCGGCCAAUGGCCUCUUCACGAGUCGCGUAGCAGUCGAGGCGUGGAAGCAGUGGAGCUGGGUUGGCCCUGGCCCCGGGCCUCGCCGCGGGCACUCGCUUGCGCUCUACAAGACCCGCGCUGUGGUGUUUGGCGGCCGCGCCGACGACACGACUACGCCACAUGUGCCCAAGACAUAUGACAUUACCCAAGUGCAAGGCCAGAUCCAGUUUUCUACUUACACGGACGAGCCAGUGCUCUCGACGUGCACGGACAGCACGUGCACCGUCCCGAUUGGCAGCUAUUACAACGACGUCUGGUCCUACGACAUCAACUGCACGCGGUACGCCGACGAGAGCUGCCGCGACAAAUCGUGGACGCAGCUGCACCAAGGCCAACCGUGGGGAGGCUGUCACAUGGUCUACGGCGCGCUCAUUUGCUCGCACCCAGCGGAACGAUGGUUUCACAAGGCCGAGGUGUACCAAGACCACAUGUUUAUCUAUGGCGGGUACGGACAACUGUGCACCGACUACUGCGAUGACAUGUGGCGCUUCAACUUUGAAGACAAUACGUGGACCGAAAUGGCGGCGCUUGGGACCUACUCGGUCCAAGGGCCUGGGAAGCGCUGGAAGUUUUCGUCGUCCGGUGACGGCACCAACAUGUACAUCUUUGGCGGCUAUCGCAUUUGGCACGGCUUUGCGCCCCAAAACAGUCGCGCCAACCGCUGGUCGGACCAUACGAUCUACCCCGAGGGCGGGUACCUUGCCGACUUGUGGCAAUUCAAUUUUGCGUCGCUGACGUGGUCCCAGCUGCAACCGGAAGCCACUUGUGUGCCCGAAGUCAACGCUGUACACUAUACAUGUAUACAUGCAAGGACGGCAACGAUAUGUACACUGACGUGGCCGCCGCCCCGCGCCGGACACGCCUCGCUCCUCUACAACAACCAACUCUACAUUCACGGCGGGUAUCAAACAUUCUUCCCGUAUCCCAUCACAAGCGGCGCCGGCGCCGGUCGCGCCACGUUCUCCGGCUCGGGGCCAGGCUAUACGCCGUUUCCAAGCAACCCCUACUACCUCGACGAUCUAUGGGUCUACGACCUAACGACUGGACGGUGGACCGAAAUCACUCCGCUCUUCAACGUCAAGCCAGGUCCGCGCACCGAACAUACCAUGAUUGCGGCGGGCGCAGUGUUUGUGCUGUUUGGCGGGUACCUCUCCAACUACUACUACGAAGACACGUGGCACUUCAACUCGACCGGAAAUCAAUGGCUGCAGCAAACUGCUUUUGUCCACGCGCUGUACCCACUCAACUGCACGGACGACUUGGCGGCGCGGGCCGAUGCGUUCAGCGGCACGUAUCGACCGUACGUGCCCGACAAUGCGUCGUACAACGCGACGCCGCCCUUGCUAUGGGCCAAGCAGCUACACUACGGCACGACAAAGUUUUCUGUGAUGGCAGAUCCCGAGCGCUGUCUCGUCGUCAACCCCCAAAGUGCCUUGUACCCGCAGGCACGACGCCAGGCACCGGGCUGGGACGGCUGUCGCGACCGCGCCGACAACCGCACCGACUUGCCGUGGGAUCUGCAAUGGUCUCGGCCGUCCCAGCGCGCAGCCCACAUGGCAGUCUUCCACAAGGGUUACGAGUUGAUGCUGCUCUACGGCGGCUAUGGUGUGAGUCGCGAUGAGCUCUACGCGCGCAAUACCACGACGCCGGCCUACACGUACGGGGACUAUUGGUCGUACAGCUUGACCAACUGCAUCAAAAACUGCUCGCUCCACGGCGCCUGUUCGUACGGGCGCUGCAUCUGCAACGAAGGGUACUAUGGCACCGACUGCUCCAACUCGUCUUGUCCGGGCACGGUCUGCGAUUUCGACCAAACGACUCAGGUCACGUCCUGCACUCAUUGCUGCUUCUCUGGCUUUGAGCACACGGACAAUGACACGUAUGUGCCAGGCAUUGAGAAGCUACCGUGCACGGCCGAUAACGUCCACUACUCGAACGGCAUCUGUGACGGGUUUGGACAGUGCAUUUGUCGUCCGCCCUUCAUUGGGCAAGACUGCUCGAUACGGAACUGCGGUCGCAACUGCUCGGGGCACGGCUACUGCAGCGUCGAAUUUCCCAACUCGCGCUGUCUCUGCGAUCCGGGCUGGCUCGGCAAGUACUGCGACGAGCAAGUGUGUUUGAACAACUGCUCGUACCCGAACGGCGUCUGCGUCAACGGGUCCUGCUACUGCGCGUUGCUCUACGAACCGUACAACAAGACGCUGGCGUAUUUUCCCUACAUGGGCGACGACUGCUCGUUCAUGAUGCCGUUUGCCCUCGCGACGAGUCUGCAUCUUUCGUUCCCGCUGCUCGCACUUCUCGGCGUACUCGUCUUGGCCGUUGGACCAGCAUAA